AUGAACGGCACUCCCCUCCUCCCAUCUGCCUUCCCGCAGACGCCAAAAACAAUCCCUGGAACUGGAAGGAGAAAGCUUUUCGAGACUCCUUCGCGACCACAGCCACGAGAGCCUCGGGCCGAUCGAACGCCACUCAGAUCAGCAUCCAAAUCGGCCUCGAAGGCCUCGAGACUACCACCCCCGAAUGCGAACACUGAUGUGCCACUGAUCCCCACCAAUGUGAUCGAUGCUCCCUCCCAACGACUCUAUGUUGUUGCCAUAUAUUUUGCCUUAAAUGCGUGGAGAAUUUACGAGUCUUUGACCGCAUCAGAUGACCUGGAUUCAACUUGGCUAUUGUUGAAAUGGGCCACGAUCGAUGGAAUCUUCUUGGUCGGACUGCAGGCUCUGCGCAUACCUUGGCUGGAGUGGGCAUUCCCGACGACGCUCACUCUAUUUCUGCUUCACGCCGUGGGAAAUGUAUUUUUGAUGUUCCGCAUCCCAAUUCCUUGGACCGCAUGGAUUACUGGACUUGUAAAGGUGGCAUAUGAUCGUGAAUUAUCAGUUUCUGAGCGCAGGGUUAAGCCCGGCGAUAUUAUCCACAAUGCGUCGUUGAUUUUGGGAAGGCAAAUUGUGCACAUUCUGCCUGAGGGAUCUGCCAUCCUCAAUCCGGACCGGAACUCACUUUGCCUCGAUUCUCUGCAAUCCACAAUCGACCUGCCCAUCCGCGUCAACCAGACCGACCCGGUCCUGAUCGAAUUGUUGCGUCUGGAUAUUAACACAGGCGAAAAUGAAACCAUCACUAUCCCGGUAAAGCAGCUGAAGACUCUCAAAAAGCAGGCGGAAAAGAAGCAUGUUCCAGGUCAACUCCAUCGGGACUUACUCUUACCUGUUCGCAAGACUGGUGUCUAUCGUCUUCAACGGGUGGUGGACGAGUCUCAGCUUGACGUUCACACGCGAACAUUUGAUGCACUGGUGGUCUCUUGCCCGCGAGCCUUGAUCAAAAACUCACACAUCGACAAGUGCAAAGGAGAAUUGUCCGACUUCAAACUGGAAGUGGAAGGCACGCCUCCGUUGAAGAUCAAAUACAGUCGCCAGGUCAACAAUCUUGAUCGUGGAUUCUCGGUCCUUAAUAUCCAACCCGAUCAUCUACGCUCUCCGCUGCUCAAUGGAAGAACUACUGCUGCUCUGUACAGCAUCAACCAGCCCGACGUUUCGUGGGCGCAGAGCCAAAAGAUUGAGGUUCCAUUGAACGAAUCACUGAAUGACGGCGGAGAAUGGUUCUAUACCAUCGAAGAGGUCCAUGAUGCUAUUGGAAAUGUAGCCAACUAUUCUACCAUCUUUGAUGAAGGAGACCGGCCUUCCAUAAAAUCGCAAUCCCAGUGGUACCAGUUCUCUGUUCACGAGCGCCCGCAGUUGUCACUGCAAAAUUGCAAUUCUCAGAAUCCGCUGCAAGUGGCCAAGGGAGACAGCACGAGGUUCCCCCUUAGCUUUCAUCCUGAUGGGAACGCAUAUGCUAGUGACGGUCCCUUUUCGGUCGGUUACUCGUACACAAGCAACACCCAAGAAGCAGCAGCACAUGAACACACCGCCGAACUCAAGCAUAUGAAUCAGACUUUGGACAUCAAAGAGUCUGGUUUGUAUGCCUUGACAUCAGUCUCUACGAAGUUUUGCCCAGGAGAUAUCCUCGAGCCUUCAUCUUGCUAUUUGUAUAACCCGCCUGAGCCAGAAUUGACCGUCAAGGCUGAAAAGAUAUUUGACCGCUGUGCCAACAACGCCAUUGGGUUACUCGUGGAUUUGGAUCUCACGGGAUCGCCUCCAUUCUCUCUCCGAUACAGCAUUGAGAGCUCCAAGGGCGUUGUUUCCAAAGUACAAGCCAUCGAUGGAAUGCGCACCCAGCUUGAUUUCACCCCGUCGGAAGCUGGCUCAUACACCUACCGUUUUAUAGACAUUGAGGAUGCCGUCUACUCGCCGCGGUCUCUCAAGAUACCGGUGCUUGAACAAGAUGUGAAACCGCCAGCUUCGGCUCAGUUCUUAUCAAAAAAAAUGAGAACCGCCUGUUUCGGUGAAGCGGUUUCUGUGGAGGUGUCUUUCCUUGGAGAGGCUCCAUGGGUCUUGCAAUAUGAGAUCGUCCACAAUGGGAAGAGAAUUAGGAAGACACUGGAAUCCGAUGCCAAUACAGCAACUAUCACCACUGACAAACUGAUUAGUGGUGGUGACUACACCGUAUCUCUGACCAGCGUCAAGGAUAAGUCUGGUUGCAAACGAACUCUCAAAGACAGCAUCAAUAUUGGAGCCCGGUCACAGCCUCCGCACGUCUCUUUCGGUCAGAUUGACAAGAAGAGAAGUGUCUUGGCUUUGCAGGGCUCCAAGAUUGAGAUUCCGUUGAGGCUGAGUGGCGAACGCCCCUGGACUGUCAAGUAUAAGAAUGUGGAUGUGGACCCGGCGCCUGUUCAGAAAAACUUCUGGGACGAAAACAGCAUCUUGACCGUCGACAAGCAGGGCCUUUAUGAGAUCAGUGAGGUUUUUGACGCCGGUUGUCCUGGAACCGUGGACCAGUUUGCAAAUGAGUUUGAGGUCUCGUGGAUUCCACGGCCUCAAAUCACUGCCCUGGACGGCUCUCCCAUCGGCUCCGUCAAGGAGUUUGCAAAGUCCGAGGUCUGUCAAGGCGACGAUGAUAGCCUCGAGGUUCGGCUGUCGGGCAAUCCUCCAUACAGUGUUCAAUACGAGAAGCGACGCAAGGCGGACCGUGGAGGAAUCUCUGCGGCGAAACCACGGGCUUUGAAAUCCGCCCUUCAUGUGACUUCGAUGGAGAUGGAUACCUCCGAGGCUGGAGAAUACAGCUACAAAUUCACACAAGUUGGUGACAGUCUCUACGACCACGAUCCCAAGAGCAAAGCUCUGGUUGUGACACAAAAGGUCAACCCGCUACCGUCUGCUAAAUUCGACCAACCUGGCCAUGUCUUUGGUUUCUGCAAGGAAGACAUCAACGGCGAGGAAUCCAUCCCCAUUACUUUAGAGGGUGUCCCACCGUUCUCCCUGGAGAUCAACAUCAAACACCACUCGAACGCCAAACCUGAGACUGUCACGAUCUCCAAGAUUACCUCCAAUCGCCACAAUUUGCUGAUUCCUCGUCGCCAUCUUGACUUGGGGCAACACCAAGUCAGCAUCCACAAGGUUCGUGAUUCUAGAGGAUGUCAAAAGACCACUGAUCUCGAUGCCUCCUCGGUGCGGGUCGCCAUUUCCGAUGUUCCUACCAUUGUUCCGCUCGAGUCCAAGGUGGACUACUGUGUGGGUGAACGGCUUUCAUUCUCGCUGUCGGGCCAUGCUCCAUUUGACGUGUUCUACACCUUCGACGGCGCCAGGCGCAAGGCCACUAGUCAAACCACUAACUUCCGUCGUAUUGCGGAGCUUCCCGGUCGGUUCACCAUCAACGCUGUCAGUGACGGAGCCAGUGGGAAAUGCAAGGCCCACAAAGACAUCACCAAGAUCAUCCACGCCAUGCCGAGUGUGCGGAUCAGUAAGGGCAAAGAAUCGGUGGUGGACAUUCACGAGGGUGGAGAAGCCGAGCUUCACUUUGAGUUCUGGGGUACACCACCAUUUGAAUUCACAUACAUCCGAAGCUCCAAUGUUCGCAAGGGAAAGAAAUCUGAGAUCCUUGAUAUCAAGCACGACAUCUCUUACGAAAACAUCAAGACGAUCAAGACCUCUGAUGAAGGAACUUACGAGGUUAUCGCGAUCAAGGACAAGUACUGUUCAUUCUCUUCCCAGACCCCAUUGGGCAAAUCGGACAGAUAA